GGUAGAGGCGUUCGAACGAGAUCUGAUUCUUGUUCCAGGUCUAGAUCGGAUUCCACUUGUGAUUCUGUUCCUAGUUGUGGUCAUGGCUCUGGACUGGAUUGGGUUCAGUUAUGCUGUUCUGGUGUCAGUGGGGGGAGUCAUUGGUUUUGUGAAAGCAGGCAGCGUCCCCUCCCUGGCCGCCGGGCUCCUGUUCGGUCUGUUGGCCGCGGUCGGUGCUUAUCUUACAUCUCAGAAUCCGAAGAAUGUGUGGCUGUCGCUGGGCACCUCUGGAACUCUCACUGUGGUGAUGGGCCUGAGAUUCAUCAACUCAGGGAAGUUCAUGCCAGCGGGUUUAAUGACUUUAUUCAGGUGAAACACCGUC